GUGGCCCUCACUGCCGCCCAUGGACCGUCCAGCCACCCAGGCGGCUCGCUGCAGCUGGGACCGCGGCCGCUCCGGGAGAGCGGGCAGGGGCCGGCCGGGCGCGAGCGCAGGCGCAGAGUCCCCGGCUGGGAGGCCCGGGGCCCAAAGCCAGGCCGGGCCUGCUGAGCAACAGCCCCGCACGGGCCUACGCCUGCUCUCUAGUUCCGCGUUCGACUCGUUAGGCCUGGCCAGCGGAGCGCUAAGUAGCUGCCGGUCCCACCGCCUCUUGGGAUUUGCUGAGAGGGUGAAGGCAGCCGGUCUGGCAUUCGCUACGGACACCUGGGGCCGGUCUCUGGGCUUUUCAGGACCUGAGCCUGAGAAGCCACUCAGCUCGACAUCCUCGCUCGAUGGGUCUAGACUGAAAGCUGGCCGAGCGUACCGAGGCGGGACGGUGUCGCUGCGGGUGGGACGAGGUGCCUCCGGGCGGGACGAGGUGCCUCCGGGCGGACGCGCCGCGUGUCCGCGAACUUCGUCGCUUCCGGUUUCCGGUUUGCGACCCUGCAGCCCCCGCGGGGCUGACUGAUGGGCCGCUUCUGUCCGCUAACGGCGGGGCCAGGAACGUGGAUGUGUUAAGUCGAAAAGGAACAUGGAGAAAUGUAAGAAAAUAUUCCCAACGCAUUAAACGAUUUUUCACAUUCUUUUGUAUUUUCCUUCGUUUUCUGUAUUAAAGCUGAUUUCACUUGUGUAGUGGGUAACACUUUUUACUUAAAAGUAACACUGUUUAAAUAAAUUCCCCGAUGAUAAAGUCUCGGAAGUUUUCUCUUGCUAAAAUGAUGAUGUUCUAUGGACCAGAAAACAUCUUGAUCUUCUAUUGGGAAAUAUUACUUACAGCAGAGGAAUAUGUUAAAACAAACGUAUUCAAGUACACUUUGAUACUGAUUCUGUCUCUUAAGGGUUGGUUUGAAACAUUCUUUUAAACUUUGAGGGAAAAAUUGGGAACUCUACUGAUGGCGGUGAGAAUCAAAUAAAUUAGAUGAAGUAACUUUGCAAAUAUAAGGUGCUUAUUUUUCCAGAUAUCCUCAGUUCACAGAAAGCAAUGAUUUGUUGGGGGAAAGAGCUUUACAGAAGAGCAGUCAGUGCAAAGGUCCUAAGGUGAGAGCCCACUUGGUAUUUUGGAAGCCAGUGUGGCGAGGCACAGUGAACUGGGAGAUGAGAAGGAAUUUGCAGAUCCUGUAGGAUCAGGAUUUGAUGUGGGUUGUAAGAAAGAGAAGUCAAAAUUGUUUUUGGCUAGAACAAUAGGAAAGAUGAAGUUCUAGUAACCAAAAUGACAAGUAAUGAAGACAGGAUGAGUUUGGCACAGACGUUGAUAAUUCCCUUAAAUAACGGAUCAAAGAAAAAGGUAAAAUUUUAAAACUUUUCCUAACUGAUAAUAAAAACAACCUAUCAAAAUAGAUGAGCUGCAGGAAAACAACCAAUUUAAGGUUUAUAUUUAGAAAAAGGUUAAUGUUGGUCGCAAGCUUUAAUUUAGUAAAUGAAGUGCUCCUUUAUUUGUUUACUAUUAACAGAAUUUUUGGUAAAAUAUCCUUUUCAAGCCUGUUACAUAUAUUCACUGUAAAGCCUUCAUAUUUCAGAAUGCUCACGUGGUGGUUUUGUUCUGUUUCUUAAUACUGCAGAUAACUCCCUAAGAGAGUUCAGUGGUAAAGUAAUCAAGAGAACACCACCCCCCAAAUUUUUAUCACACCUACAUGGACGUUAAGGAUUUUUUGGUUGAUCUCUAAUUUCAUUUUGACAAUGACAGAGACACUUUACAGACACAGGAAGGCCCUUUACUCCCUGAAAGGGAGGAAUUGUUAUGAGGCAAAUUGGCUUUCUUUUAGUGUUUUGUUUUUAAUUUAUAAAGAUGUUAGAGGACAGGAGUGUUUCAGGCUCUGCAGAUAUAGGCAAAUGAGGUAGGGAAGCCCAGCCUUAGCUAUUUAUAAGCUACAUAAGCUUAUAAGAUCCUUCAGAGAACAUGAAAUAAUGUAUAUAAAAGCACAUUGCAAAAAUCAAAAAUAGGAUAUUAGUGUUAUUCAUAAUUUUGAAUAUAUAAUAUCUUCUGAAGCACUUCUCUCUGUUGCUGUUCUCCAUUCAUCUUCAUUACUAAAGAAUAACGUCCCUAAGAUACUUGUCUUACUUGUAUUCAUCUAAGUUUCUUUGCAAGUAAUGCAAACUCCCAGUUGCUAUUUCCUAAUAUUAUCCGUCUUUAAAAAUUGUUUUGGUGUUUAUUUUUACUUGUCUGUGCCCAUGAAUUCUCUAGGCAAUCUCACUACUCUCGCACAGAAUUUCAGAUUCCCUAUUUAAAGGUUAGUCUUAAUUCUCUUAGUUCAGUCAGGUGUCCCAAAUACAAAUAGCCAUAUGAAAUUCUAAUUCUGUAUACUCUGAAGAGUUCCCUUGAAGGGUAGUGAUCUCAGUAUCACGUCUAGCCUAACUGACCUCCCCGCUUCCCCCCUCAUUUACAAUCUGCUCUGACCCUACAUAGCAGUCACUAUAGAUCAGUUUGUCACUGUCCUCGUAACUGACUGCCCCCCUCAAAUGGAAGGCCUAUCUGGCUCCCCAACCCUCACCUGCACAUCUUGUUACCUCUGACCUUAUCUCCUACCUCUCCUGCCACACUAGCCUCCUUACAGUUCCUCCAACAUGCAAUGCGGGUUCUCUUCCUGCAGUCUUUGCACUUCCUUUCCCUCGGCUUGGCAUGCUCUUCCUCCCGUACCUACAUGGCUCACUCCUUCACCUCCUUCAAGUCUUUCCUCAAAUGUGACUUUCUUGAUGAGGCUGCCCUGAUUACCCUGCUUAAAAUUACAACUACUCUUCUCAGUAUGCCCUGUCCUCUUUACCUAAUUUUAUUUUUUUUGGCAUGUUAAAAUUGCCUAGAAUUUUUUAUUAGUAUUAUUCUCCCCCUUUCUCUCUCUCUCUCUCCCUCUUUCUCUCUCUCUCUCUCUCUCUCUCUCACACACACACACACACACACACACACACCCCUUUGCUUUGGAUUUGAAAGAGACUGGGUGGAGAAGGAGGAGAAAAAAUGAAGGAGCAGAAAUAUAGAAGCUAGGGUUAGUGAAAUGCAGUAUAAAUUACUUAAAAUGUAGAAGGAAAAUGAACUUGAGAGUUAAACAGCAUUGAAGUCAAAUCAUUUUUGGGCUUCUUGUGAGAAAAUAGAGUGAAGGGUUGAGUCAGGGUGCCCCUAAGGGUGUGUAGUUUCCUGGGCAAACAUGUUUUGUGGGGUGCCUGUCUGUAAAAGCAAUGUUAUUAAAAGAUGUAUUUUAAAAACUCAUGGCCAAGUAAGAUACAGUGACUUACUGAUAAAGAUUUAAAAUAGUAGAGACACGUGCAUUUGUUGAUUGUUUGAUCAGUGAGCAUGAAGUCUCUGUAGUGUCCAUGCACCGUCUCUUCAUGUUGUUUACCAUCAGAUGCACUGUUCCUGUCUGCCUCUCUCCCACAGUGGGGGUGGGGGGACAGUAGCAGUGCUGUUACUACUCCCAAUGCCAUGACUCUUUGUAACUUCUACUGAAACAAUGUAGUUCUUGCUUCUCAGUAUUCUAAUGCCAUUAAGGUAAUGUUGGUCAUCUCAUUGCUCGUUACGUUCCAUCAUCCAUCAUGUUGCUCCUGAAUACUGGCUUCCAGUGAUUUUCUCAAAGAAUGUGCUCUCUUGUUGAUGUCCGCAAAUGCAAGUCUUACCCAAAGUAUGCAGGAAAAUGUGAGUGAUCAUUUGUUUU